AUGCCUAUUAUAGUAAUACCAGCUCAGAGCCCAGCCCACAGGCUCCCUCCCCCCUUCUCGAUCCGGCUCCUCGAGCACUCGAACCUGCCUAGCACCGACUCGUUACGAAGCAACCACCCCGACCAGCUCCUCUACCUCUUGCCUGCAUCGUACCGCAAAGCCUCUGGGGACGUGGUCGCUGCGGCUCGUAAUGUUACCGCCUGUAUCGAGAAGGAGCUCAAUCUGGAUCGGCUCACCAUCAUCCACCGUUGGCUCUGGGUCGCCGGGCGGCCCUUGCCACCACGCGCUCUACACCAUCAGCUUUUACUUAAUCGAGGGAUCCUUAUCACGGAGCAGAUGGACAUGCAUCUCGUCUGGACCGCGGGCCGGAUCUUCCUGAAACCGAUCCCACGCUUCCUCUUAGAGCCAAAUUUCUGGGCUGAGUACCUCAGCUGCGAACGCGACUGCGAAUGCUCUUCCGACGAGACAACCCAAGGAUUCCACGCAGUCACUCUUCGCAACGAAUGCAAGCGUCGCGGACUCCGCCGGCGAGCGCUCGGGUUUUUGUUCUCCUACACCGCGCUGCUCACCCACGAGAGUGAUUUCCGCAUCGCGCAGGACAAGCAUCUCCUCCCGGAGGAGGUUACAUGGCGCGCGUGGCGCGUGCUGAUCGAACAGCUGGACCCCGAGCACAUCUACCCGCACAUCGACCGCCGCUUCGUCCAUGGCGAGCUGCGCCUGAGCCGUUUAAAUAAGAUCUAUGCUCUCUACCAGACCCCGCUGCGCGGGUACCUGGCGCGGUGGGACCGGUAUGGCGCCUUCCUGCGCGAGAAUUUUGCCGGGCUCGCGAGUCUCACCGUAUACAUCGCCAUUGUCCUGACGGCGAUGCAGGUAGGGCUCGCGACCGAGGCACUGGAGCGUAGUCCGGCCUUCCAGUCGGCCUCCUACGGCUUCACGUUGCAGCACUUCCACGGGGACGCGGUGCUGGAACUGUCUGUCUGA